AACUGGUGUCAAUUGGCGCGCGAGUCGAUAUUUGACUUUUGCGUGCCUAUGGAGAAGGCUAAGCCCAAGGAGGUACCUAGUGUUGUUGUAGAUGCGAAAGGCAAGAAGACCUUUAUAAAGGGUCGCUUUCUCGGCAAGGGUGGCUUUGCCCGUUGCUGGGAGUUGUGUGACAAAGACACUGGUGUCAAAUAUGCAGGGAAGGUCGUCGCUAAAUCUGACCUGGUUAAGUCCUCUCAGCGGCAGAAAAUGCAGCAGGAGAUUAUUAUCCACGCGUCAUUAAGGCAUGAGAAUGUUGUUGGCUUUCAUCGGUCUUUCGAAGAUGAAACUAAUAUUUAUAUUCUGCUAGAGCUGUGCACCCGGCGGACCCUCAUGGAAUUGCAUAAAAGGCGUCUCCAGGUUACUGAGCCGGAAUCCCGCUACUUUAUUCGACAAAUUGUUAACGGUUGCCAAUAUCUCCAUCUCAAUAAUAUUAUUCACCGUGAUCUUAAAUUGGCUAAUCUCUUUUUGAACGAUGACAUGAUUAUUAAAAUUGGUGAUUUUGGGUUGGCUUCGAAAAUAACAAAGGACGGUGAGAAGAAGAGAACCUUGUGUGGCACUCCCAAUUACAUUGCUCCUGAAAUUCUCAACAAACACGGACACAGCUUCGAAGUCGACUCGUGGUCUGUUGGAUGCAUCUUGUACACUCUUCUUGUUGGACGACCUCCUUUUGAGACUUCCAACUUAAAAGAUACCUAUGAGAGAAUAAAGAAGAAUGAGUACGUCAUUCCUUCGCAUGUCAGCGUUGCUGCCUCUACACUAAUUCGCGCACUUCUUGACGCUGAUCCAAAGAAGCGGCCGAGCAUGUUCAGCGUGUUGGACCACGAAUUUUUUAAGGGGUUUACCCCUGCUUGUCUUCCUGUUAGUGCUCUGACUACCUGCCCUCGGUUCGACAAUCUUUGUCGCACCAUGGCAGACCGACGUCCACUUUCUGUUAUCGACGCAAAUCUCAACGAUAUGUCUACGGUAAAUGUGGAAGGAAAUAGGGAUUUCUUCUCGGAUGACUGCUGGCUGGGGAUUCUACGUGAUAAGCUUGGUGACCUUCUGACGUCCCCGAUUUUGAAAACAAACCACAUAAACGCCAUGGAGGACAGUGAAGACCCUGCUUGCGUCCCCAUUUAUUGGAUUUCGAAAUGGGUGGAUUACUCUGACAAGUAUGGUAUCGGAUAUCACUUGUGCGACUCCUCGAAUGGCGUUCUUUUUAAUGACGACACGAGGCUGCUGUCUACUGCGAAUCAGCUAAACCUUCAGUACAUUGAAAAGAACGGAAAAGAGUACUUGUACACGAAGACUGAAUAUCCUCCUUCGCUUUCUAAGAAAGUGACCCUACUCACAUGUUUCGCAAGUUAUAUGCACGAAAACCUCCUUCACGCUGGAGAAAACAUUGUGCGUAGGGAGUCGGACAACAUGGCCAGGCUGCCUUUCCUUCGCACCUGGUUUCGAACUCGUGUCGCCAUUGUGCUGCAUCUUAGCAACGGAACACUACAGUUGAAUUUCUUCGACGACCACUCGAAGAUUAUACUGUGUCCUCUGAUGGAGGCAGUCACCUACAUCGACCCCAACCGCGACUUCAAGACAUUUCGUUUCAACCUGCUGAAGACCAAUGGUAUCACGGAGGUGCUAAUGAGUCGUCUGAGGUAUGCUCACGAGAUGAUCACCUGUCGACUGUUGCGGUCGACGCACCGAACUCGCUCCACCAACACUGCAGGGGGAAGUUCGAGGGACUCGCGAGGGACAGCCCCGACCUCCGCUGGUGCCGGCGACGCCCACGGUGCCGCUCAAAUGCGCCAGAAUGAUCCCGUGUCUGCGGCCAUCGCUACUGGCAGGCAGGCCGCCAGAACGGCCCUAGCUGCGACCGAGGCCCUGAAAAGGAAGUGA